AUGGGGAAAUAUGAGAAAGGAACACCGAAAGAAAUUGCCAAUCGAUGCAAAUCAAAGGGCCUGCAAAAACUGAGAUGGUUUUGCCAGAUGUGUAAGAAGCAAUGUCGCGACCAGAAUGGCUUCAAAUGUCAUUUAACAAGUGAAACUCAUCAGCGACAGUUGUUGUUGUUUGCCGAAAACCCAGACACUUACCUGAAGGAGUACAGUGAAGAGUUUGAAAAUAACUUUUUGAAGGUAUUACGAAGUACUUUUGGUACGAAACGCGUUCGCGCCAAUGAAGUUUAUCAGGAAUACAUCCGUGAUAAAAUGCAUACACAUAUGAAUUCCACAAAAUGGCAUACUUUAACGAAUUUUGUUAUUUAUCUUGGGAAAUCUGGCAAAUGCCACGUUGAUCAAACAGAAAAAGGUUGGUUUAUUGCAUGGAUUGAUCAACAGGAAGAGCUCAGAAAGCAAGAAACAUUGCACAAGGUUAAAGCAAUACAUGAUGAUGAAGAACGAUUACAACAGUUGUUGAGUGAACAAGCAGAAAGGGCUCGUGAGAAACAACAGCAAUCAUUAAAAGAAAAGGAAAGCCAUCCAACGGAGUUAUUUCGUAUCAAUGAUGAUGAAAAAAUAAUUUUUUCUUUGACGACAAAGAAAUCAACUAAUGAGGAACUUGCUAAACCUGGUGCGCCAGUUCUUGCGACGUCUUAUUCCAUAUCUGAUACUAAAAUCAAAAAAGAGACAAAAUUUGAACCGGAAAUGCUGGACAAGCCCAAAAAGCAUCAACACAAGGAUAUCUUUCCAAACAUUUCAACUUCGAAGAUAGAAAUGAAAGAUGAUAUGACUGUUGGAUCAAAUAAAAAUCGCAAACAAGAUUUGAAGCAAAAAAAGAGUGCCUUGGAUGAAAUUAUGGAAAUGGAAGAAAGUCGUAAGGAAAAGCGAAAUAGACGAGAUAGUUGGCUUCAUGAAGGGAUUGUUGUAAAAAUUACUACAAAAAAAUUUGGCAAUGAUUUCUACAAAUCGAAAGGUGUAAUAAAACAGUUGGUGGACGAUUUCACCGCCAUUCUGGAUGUAAACGGCUGUUCACUGAAGAUUAGCCAAGAAAAUGUGGAAACAGUGAUACCGGCAGUGGGACGUGAGAUGUUGGUCGUUAAUGGAGCAUAUCGUGGAACGAAAGCUGUAUUGCAGGCGAUUGAAGAAAAGAAAUUUGCUGUAAUCUUACGCCUUGAUGAAAGUCUCGCUAAAGGAAGAGUUUUACGUUUACCAUAUGAGGAUGUUUGCAAGCUCAAACAAUGA